AUGGGCGUCGAUUCUGCCAUCGAUGUAGAUGCAGCACCUCCACCCACGCCACCCAACAAUGUGAGUGAUAGCGAGGUCAUCAUCGAGGCUGAUGAUCAGAGCUCGAGUCUGACCUUCUAUCAGGGAAGUGUAGCUUCGUCAAGUAUAAGUGCCACCAGCUCAAUCUUCGGAUUUCGCAUCGAAAACGGUAGAACCUAUCAUAAGUACAAAGAUGGCAAAUAUAACUUGCCCAAUGAUGAAAGAGAGACCGAAAGAUUGGACCUGCAGCACACUUUGUUCCGACUUACAUUUGACGAUAGACUCGGUACAGCCCCACCGAAUGAUCCAGGAAGUAAAGUUGGUAGAGUUCUGGAUGUAGGCACAGGGAGUGGAAUAUGGGCCAUCGACUAUGGUGAUGAGCAUCCUGAUUCGGAGGUUCGGGGUAUCGAUCUUUCAGCUGCACAACCAACUUUUACACCAAAAAAUGUGAAAUUUCUCAUUGACGACCUCGAAGAGCCGUGGACCUACUCACGACCUUUCGACUACAUACACAGCCGGAUGAUGAAUUCUUCAAUCAGGGACUGGCGGGAGUAUAUAAGAAACUGUUAUGACAACCUCAAUCCCGGUGGAUAUCUGGAGUUAAAUGAGAUUGAUGUCAAGCCACUCUCUGAUGGCGGCACCUUGAAACCGGAGCACUCCAUCUCUCGGACCGUCGAGAUGCUCCAAGAGGCCUCAGAGCUAUUUGAACGCCCGUAUCAAGACCCCAGGGCAUUAAAAGCGGUUCUCAUGGAGACAGGUUUCACUGGUGUGACAAUGCACCACUUCAAGUGGCCCACCAAGUCUUGGCCGAAGGAACCCCGACACAAAGAGCUUGGGGUUUGGCAUAAUGAGAAUCUCACACAAGGAUGGGAGGCGAUUUGUAUGGCGCCGCUCACGAGGGCGCUCCGUUGGACCAAGAACGAGGUCUUGGUAUUAAUGGCUGAGAACCGCAGAGACUUCUGCGACCGAAACAUUCAUGCUUACUUUUCUAUGUAG